AUGGAGCGAUGCCGACGGCAUAUGACGGACUCACCCGGCUGUGAUUUUUGUGGUGCUGCGCAGGAAACCAUCCUUCAUGCGUUGAGGGAUUGCCCAGCCGCAGCUCAGAUUUGGUAUAGGCUUGUACGGCAUCAUAUGAGAAGCUGGUUUUUCUCCCUGCAGCUGCUUGAUUGGGUUCUGAAAAAUGUGAAGUGGAGGGGAGCUGGGUUGAGGGAUGAUUGGAGUUGUUAUUUCGGUGUGACCGUUUGGAGAUUGUGGUCCUGGCGUUAUGGACGUCUGUUUAAAGGGUCUGAUGGAGGAGCUAUGGCUAGAGUUCGUGACAUUGAGACGUUUGUCGACAAGGUGCAUCAGUCUACUGUGCAUGAGAAGCAAAUGGGGAAACGAAGUUAA